CUGACGUCUCAGUCAGUCACGUGACGCUUCUGAGCAAUACAAAGCGUCAUGGCGGACGGUGUCUGAGGAGGGUGAGAAACGGAGGACGGAGUCUGAACAGAGGAGAGAGAAACUCAGUGAAGAGGAGGCAACAUGAGUUCUUCACAACAGAAACCAGGAGGCAGACAGAGACCGAGACCUCACCGCUGUGUUCAGUGUGACAAAGCCUUCACGUCAACACAACACCUGAGGGAUCAUCAGAGCGUCCACACUGGGGAGAAACCGCAUCACUGUGACCAGUGUGGGAAGACCUUCACUCAGCUGAGCAGCCUGAGGACGCACAGCCGGAUCCACAGCGGAGAGAAACCGUACAGCUGCGACGACUGUGGGAAAUCCUUCACUCAGUCAAACACUUUAAAGCUCCACCGGCGCAGACACUCCGGAGAGAAACCGUACAGCUGCGAGCACUGCGGGAAGAGCUUCACCGACUCGUUUUCAUGCCAGCAACACCGACACGUGCACACCGGUGAGAAACCUUUCCGGUGUCAGCUCUGCACCAAGACCUUCCUCACUCAGUCCAAUCUGACGAGACACCAGCGCAUUCACACCGGAGAGAAACUCUACCCCUGCGAGUUGUGUGGACGCCGCUUCAGCCAUUACUCCUCAUACACGGUCCACCAGCGGAUCCACAGCGGAGAGAGACCAUACCGCUGUCGCUUCUGCGACAAAACCUUCACGUCGUCGACCAACCACUCCGAACACGAGCGCGUCCACACGGGGGAGAAACCGUACAGCUGCGACGAGUGCGGGAAGAGUUUCAGUCACAUCACGACGUGUUUGCUGCACAAACGAGUCCACAGCGGAGACAAACCGUACGGCUGCCAGCACUGCGGGAAAAGCUUCGUCACGUCAUCGAAUCUGACGCGACACGUUCGGACUCACACCGGAGAGAAACCGUACUGGUGCGACCGGUGCAAGAAACACUUCACGUUCUCCAAUCAGCUGAAGAGACACCGCUGCAUCUGAGCAGAUUAAUUAUUAACUUACGAACCCCGAAAGAUACUGAGUUUAUAUUAAUAGUUAUUGUUUGAUUGAUGAAUUAUUUCAGUUCCAGUUUGACUUGAAAUGUGUCAGAAAACAGUGAAACGUCUGAGGUCGAAAAACAGGAAACUGAAGCUGUGACUUUGUUUCUCGUUCUUUAAAAUGCGAUGAACUUUCCUAGAUUAUUUCAGCAGAAUCUCGUGAUCUGUUGCUGUAAAAAGUUUAUUAACUUAU